CGCCAAUAGAUUUAGGGCGAAGCAGCUGUGUUGGCGUCGUGAGCUCCAGUAGGACACAGUAGAGUGAGUCUGGUUUUGAAGGGUCCAAAGAAAAAUGGCAAUAACACUGAACAAUGGGUUCAAAAUGCCAGCAGUCGGCCUUGGUGUUUGGCGCAUGGAAGGAAAAGAAAUCAGAGACCUCAUUAUCAAUGCCAUCAACAUUGGUUACCGCCAUUUUGAUUGCGCUGCUGAUUACAAAAAUGAAGCAGAAGUAGGGGAGGCACUUGCAGGAGCAUUUUCGACUGGGAUUGUUAAGCGAGAGGAUCUCUUCAUCACCACCAAGCUUUGGAAUUCAGAUCAUGGACAUGUUGUAGAGGCCUGUAAAGACAGUCUGAAGAAACUUCAGUUGGAUUAUCUGGAUCUAUACCUUGUUCACUUUCCUGUUGCCACCAAGCAUACUGGAGUUGGUGCAACUGCAAGUGCUUUGGAUGAGGAUGGGGUGCUAGAAAUAGACACAUCCGUAUCUUUGGAAACUACCUGGCAUGCUAUGGAAGAACUGGUUUCUAUGGGUUUAGUUCGUAGCAUUGGGAUUAGUAACUAUGACAUCUUUCUAACGAGAGAUUGCUUAGUCUAUUCCAAAGUGAAGCCUGCUGUGAAUCAGAUUGAAACUCACCCAUACUUCCAACGUGAUUCUCUUGUCAAAUUCUGUCAGAAGCAUGGCAUCUGUGUCACUGCCCACACUCCUCUUGGAGGUGCUGCGGCCAACAGCGAAUUGUUUGGUUCAGUUUCAUGUCUGGAUGAUCCAGUUCUUAAGAAUCUGGCUGAGAAAUACAAAAAGACUGUAGCCCAGGUUGUCCUUCGCUGGGGCAUCCAACGCAACACAGUUGUCAUCCCAAAGACAUCAAAACUUGAGAGAUUGAACGAGAAUUUCCAAGUUUUUGACUUUGAGCUUAUGAAAGAGGAAAUGGACCUGAUUAAAAAGGUAGACAGGAAACACCGGACAAAUCAGCCUGCCAAGUUUUGGGGCAUUGAUCUGUAUGCAUAGAUUUGCCCAUAAUUCUACCCACGAGAGCAAGGCCUUGUGUUGGCAAAGAAUAAUGGAGUGCAGGAGUUAUGUGUCUUUGACUUGUAAACCUCAAACUGAUCCAAGUCAUUCUUGAAAGCUCAAUAGAUGUGUUUGAUAAAACGAUCACGCACGAACUACAUUCCAUCUCUCAAUGAACCUGCUCUUUUUAAUGUGAUUGUCUUUCCUUGCAUGCCCUC